AUGUCGGUAGUCUCUCUCUUGGGCGUGAAAGUCCUUAACAACCCUGCGUCAUUCACUGCGCCGUAUGAGUUUGAAAUCACAUUCGAAUGUCUUGAACAACUGCGCGAGGACCUAGAAUGGAAACUCACCUACGUUGGCUCCGCAACAUCUGCAGAACAUGAUCAAGAAUUGGACUCCCUGCUUGUGGGACCCAUUCCUAUCGGUGUUAACAAAUUCAUCUUUGAAGCUGACCCACCCAAUCUUUCUCGUCUACCAGCCACGGAAAUCCUAGGCGUCACGGUUAUUCUCCUGACUUGCUCUUACGAUGGCCGUGAGUUUGUGCGUGUGGGUUACUAUGUCAACAAUGAAUAUGACAAUGAGGAGAUGAACAACGAACCACCUUCCAAGCCUGUCAUUGAACGAAUUCGCAGAAAUGUUCUUGCAGAGAAACCUAGAGUUACGCGGUUUGCGAUCAAAUGGGAUUCCGAAGAAUCAGCACCUGCCGAAUUUCCCCCUGACCAGCCCGAGGCAGAUAGACUUGACGACGACGGAACAGGUUAUGGCGCUGAAGAGGCAGAAAUGCAAGCUGCUCUGGAACAAGAAUUGGAAGAAACCGAAGCCAAGAUUGCUCAGCCACAACAACCCAGCACAGAAGGCGACAAAGAAAUGGCAGAGGUUGGUGUUGAUGCCAAAGAUCCCAAGGCUGAUGAAGAGGAUGAAGAUAGUGAUGCCGGAAGUGAGGAUCUUGAAGAAGAGAGUUCCGAGUCUGAAGAUGACGAGGAGGAGGAAGAAGGUGGCGAGGGCGAGGAUACGGAGAUGGGUGAUGCUGAUGACAAGACUGCUGCGACAGUCAAUGGUACGAACGGCGAUCAAAAGAAGGCAUCGGCCACUUCUCAACCUGAGGUCAUGGUCCAUUAG